CUGCUGUAUCACCUCACUGCUUGCUUACGGUCGAGAGCUGACCACCGUCUUACUAUGCCUCCAAAUGAUGAAACCAUUCAAUUCGAGCUAACUAUAUGCCGAGGACUUCUGUACUGUACAUAGCCCCCGCUGCUACCAUGCAGGAUACGCAGGUCGACCAAUCUGGGCUGAUGUCUGACUGUACAUACAUCACCAGUCAUAGCUUGGACUAGUUUCACCACAACUGUCUGGUCGUCGACAGGGACCUAUUACGACACUUGUAUCCUGCACAAUGUCCUGCCAAGAUGAGGGGUGAUGGUAUAUCGAGCCUAUCUGGGUUCACCGACCAAGACACAACAGGUUGUGGCUUCAGCUGGUCUCAGAAUAGCAACAAAGCAGAGAGAAUCUGACAGGUGGGUGCGAAGCAGUGUGCGAGCAACCAGCCUGCCAGCCCAGCAUUGAAUUAUAAAAGACCCGUCAAGGGACUGCUACCUCGACAAGAAUGAUCUAGUCCAGUCUCAAGCAUUUCGUACUAUCCCUUCUCAGUAACACCACUGGUCAACAUGCCUUCUCAACCUCAAUCCAAACAGAUCUUCCUUCCGCUCGAGGAUGGCUCACACCAUGAAGCAAAAGAAGAUGCUUUUGCGGCCCCCAAACGCAUCAUCAUUUGCUGUGACGGCACUUGGCAGUCCUCGGUGUCAGGCCUGAAGAACAUCCCGUCCAAUGUUACAAGGCUUGCCCGUUCAAUUGCCCGUAGCGGCAAGGACAAAGACGAGAAAGUGUGGCAGCAAGUAGUUUACUACGAUGCUGGCAUUGGAACGGGAGACCUGGGUCAGGCAGAAGCCAAUCGGCAGGGAGGUGCUGGCAUUGGCUUUGUGGGCAACGUUAUUGAAGCCUACAACUUUAUCGUCCUGAACUACAAUAUUGGUGACGAGAUCUUUUGCUUUGGCUUCUCUCGAGGAGCUUAUACCGCUCGUGCAGUCGCAGGUCUCAUCACUGAUAUUGGUAUUGUCUGUCCCAAGGAUCUGCAAGAUUUCCCUGACCUUUACGCCCUAUACCAGAAGAAUCCUGAUGGUUUCCAUUUCCGCAAGUCGCAAGCUUACAUGGAAUGGGUUAACGGUGUGCCAUCUAAGAAGGAGGCUAAUGGGGGAUCUCAAAUUCAGUCUCAAUGGGACAGUCCUCCUCAUCACGAUGCCCCUGAGUCGUCUAGAUUCGUCAAGGUUGUCGGUGUUUUUGAUACUGUUGGAAGCUUGGGUAUCCCCGAUUUGCCAUGGACUCGUUUCAAUCUCAAGUUUCUCGAGAAGGCCGUCGGGAUCGCCGAUCCCGGUUUUCAUAACAUUCAUCUGAGCCCUUACAUUCAUCAUGCUUACCAUGCUUUGGCUCUGGAUGAACAUCGAGCACCCUUCUCGCCCAGUCUUUGGCACUUCCCAACCAACAAGGACCAUCACCCUCCCGAGCCCGCUAAGGAUAUAGAGCAGCUUUGGUCCGAUUGGGAGAAGAUUUACAAGAACUCCAGCGCAACAAAAAAGCAGCUAGAAGAUGCAUGGGGUGCUGUAGUUGAUGGUGAGAUGUAUGAACAUCUCCGGGGUAAGAAGUCAGAAUUAUUACAAGUAUGGUUUCCAGGCGUACACAUCAACAUCGGCGGCGGGAAUGAUGACCUCCUUACUGAGAAGAAGAGUGAUCUAGAGCAAAUCGCACUGAUCUCAUUCGCCUGGAUGUGUGAGCAAGUCGCUCCUUAUUUGCAGUUUGUCGAAGACGGUAGCUUGAGUGAGCUUGGAAAAUCAGCCGUCCAAGACCGCUAUAACCUCCUCAAACCACUCCUAACUAACAUCCAAAACGGAGAUGAGAAGGACUACGGCCCUGGGCCAUUGUCUAGCCGCAUUGCAGCCUCCUUGGACCGCACAGGUAUCAAGAAAGCAGACGUUCGUAAGAUCCCAGAGGAGACGGUCAGCGGCUGGGCAACUGGGCCUAUCGUCGACAGCUUCACCGGCGCCAUGAUCGCCGGAGGCUCCGUCGACAGAGUUCCUGGCAACUAUACCAAGGACGAUAAGGGUCGCGAGAUAGGUGAUACAUAUGAGAUGAUCCAUCCGUGCGUCAAGUAUCGCAUGAGCAAAAUUCCGAGCUACAAGCCCAAAGCCCUGCGUGGCUUCGAGAGGACUGCUGAUGGAGGCAGGGGAUAUGUGUGGACAAAGGGCAAUAUUAAGAUCCCGGAAUUUGUGGUUAAGACGGGGGAUGCUUUCUCGAGGCAUGUUGCGGAGCAGGAUCGCAGUUCUGGCGGAAAUGCUCGGGAUUUCCUCCAGAAAAUUGAUGCUGUACUCGCCUGAGCUGUAGUUUGAUUAUCCCUUAUAUAUCAAUAUGUUGACCAAGUCAGACAAGUGGUGUUUAUGACAAUCAACGCAAUUCUAGUCCCAUAUUGCUCCAUGACACUUGUCAGGAAUAUCAAUAGAGCGUAUGAGCACG